UAGAUAUGAGAUAUGUAAUGAUAAGCUUUGAUAAGAAUUUAAUAUUCAGCUGUAGCAGCUGACACGCUUCUGAACGUGCUAUUAUAACGCUUUUGUUAUUAUGUAUUAGUUUAAAAUAAAUUACGACGUAUUCCUUUUUUUUAUUUGUUGUAUUGUACAUUUCAAGUUUAACAUUAUGUUGAAGAAUAUAAAUAAAGCUAAUACUGCUCAGUAUUUCAAAUACUACAUGAGUAGUUUGGCUACCAAACAAUCAAACAGAUUAGAAGAAUUCAGAGAAAAGUUGAGUAGUAAUAAAGAUGUACCAAUACUCAUGGAUUCAUUUGGUCGCCAACAUACGUAUCUUAGAAUUUCUUUGACAGAGAGGUGUAAUUUGAGAUGUACUUACUGCAUGCCAGCCAAUGGAGUCCCACUUACCAAAAAGGACAAAAUACUUAGUACUGAUGAAAUUAUACAGCUGUCAAAAUAUUUUAUUGAUGCAGGAGUAAAUAAAAUUAGACUAACAGGAGGAGAACCCACAGUUAGAAAAGACAUUCAUGAAAUUAUCUCUAGAUUAAAAGACAUCAGAGGUUUAGAAACUUUAGCUAUGACUACUAAUGGUAUUGCUUUGACUAGAAUGUUGCCUUCUUUGCAAAGGGCUGGCUUAGAUCUAUUAAAUAUUUCUUUAGAUACUUUGAAACCUGAACGCUUUGAAAAAUUUACAUUGAGAAGAGGAUGGACUAAAGUUUUAGCCUCAAUUGAUUUAGCUAUUCAAUUGGGAUAUAAUCCCUUAAAAAUUAAUACUGUGAUAAUGCGUGAUUUCAAUGAUGAUGAAUUAGUUGAUUUUGUACAAUUUACUAAAGAUAGACCAGUAGAUGUAAGAUUUAUUGAAUACAUGCCAUUCUCUGGUAAUGAAUGGAAUACCAAAAAAAUGGUACCUUUUUUAGAGAUGAAAAAAAUUAUUAGAAAAAAGUAUCCAGAGUUUCAAAGACUCGCAGAUAAACCCAAUGAUACUUCUAAAGCUUAUCAUGUACCAGGGUUCAAGGGUCAAAUUGGUUUCAUAACAUCAAUGACACAAAACUUCUGCAGUUCUUGUAAUCGGUUAAGAAUAACAGCCGAUGGUAAUCUUAAGGUGUGUCUUUUUGAAGGCAAAAAUGAAAUAUCUUUAAGAAAUGCUUUGAGAAACGGUUGUUCAAAUGAAGAACUUAAAAGUAUAAUACAAAAUGCAGUACUUAAAAAAAAGAAACAACAUGCAGGCAUGCUCAAUCUUAGUCAUAUGGAAAACAGACCAAUGAUUCUUAUUGGUGGUUAAAUUUGGAUGGAUCUUGUUU